AAGCACAGCGUAAACGUCGCAGAUAUUUACCACUCUCCGUGCGAGUCGAAUUUUCGGAAGCAGUAUACAAGAAAACAACUUUCAAAUUGCGCGUAUUCACUACUCACUACAAAUAAAUUUAAAAGGACUGUUUUACAAGGAUUGUUUCAUUUGAAAAGAUAUCAUACUCACUCCACUUGCCCAGUCUAAAUCAUGCACCGUAUCAUAGAAGCGCUUAUCAUGUUUGGGGGAAUUGCGGUGACCGUUACUGCUUGCGGUGACGACCCAUCGGGACAUGUUCAUCCCCCGCGGCAUUUUCGCUCAGUGCGUGGCGUUCCUCCCCGUAACCCAGGACCUACUCGACCUCCUUUUGAGCUAGAGGCCAUCACCAUGAUCUGCAGUCCCUCCCUGCAGCCGUACUCCGGUAUUGCCAACAAGGAGCGCUGCCAGAUUAUGUGCCUGCAAAAGGACCCCUGUCUGGCUACGGUGUACGACAGAACCGCCGCCAAGGAUAACUGCGCGAAGGUCAGCCCGACAAUGUAUUGUGCGCCAAUGCGCGAUAGCCUGUUGGGCAUACAAAACACCCACGUGACGCUGGGCGCCGAAGAUUACCCGCCGUUUAUAGCCAUUCCGAACCUGAUGAUGGACGACAGUGUCGCCAAUGCGGCAUCCAUCAGUGACGGGCACAGCAGCUCAGUGAACGUGUUCACCAAUAUGACUGAUGCUAACUGUCGCAGAAUGUGCCUGCUGCACAGUGACUGCAACGGAUUUGUCCUCUCUGGUAACCCUGCGGCACUGACGUGUACGUUAAAGUCGUUCAAGCAAGCCCUGGUCGUGGGGAAGAAUGCGCAGUGUACCAAACCCGAUGCUAAGGCAAAAGUGCCACCGUCGCCCAUUGGCACAUAUUAUAUGGAUUUUUCAAACUUCUAUGCGCUCACCUCGAAGAAAGAGCUGCCUAAACCUUUUCCAAAAUGCCCGGCGACGUGAUUUUUUUUUGGCACCAUUACACUACAAAACUGUCUUUAUCAUCAUUUUUGUAUUAAUUCAGUCAGAGUCCAAAAAAACGUAUAUACUGUAAAAUGCUGUAGCCUGCAAUCACCAUGCAUAAUCACAGAUACUCACAAAUCUAAAGAUCCCUGGUUUUCCGUAUUAGUUUUAUGCAUAAUAGCCGUCUUAGAAAAGUGAGAUAAACUACGUAGUGGCAGGUUUUAUGUGUCAUUUUAUGUGAUUUUAUCUUCCUGAAUAUAUGUGCGUUCUGGAUAAUACUCCAA